AUGAAUAAUGCUAUGUAUUGUCCGGCGAAUACCGCGACGGGGGCCGCUGGUCAACUUUUUACUAUGCUAUUACAAACCGUUAUGGCUACUCCAUGUAAUUUAACAUCUGCAUGGCCUAGGGAUGAAGGCGAGGAAUUGAAUUCAGAUUUCGCAGCAUACGAUUUCAUAGUGAUAGGUGCUGGAUCAGCAGGUUCUGCAUUAGCCCAUCGGUUAGCAGAAAAUACAAGUUGGCAAAUUUUAUUAAUUGAGGCUGGGGGUGACCCGCCUAUAACUACAGAAAUACCGAAAUUGUUUUUUCAUAAUCAAAAAACAGAAAUUGAUUGGGGUUAUUACACCGAACCAAGCGACAAUUAUUGCUUAGGUUUUAAAAAUCGCCGAUGCUAUUGGCCAAGAGGAAAAACCUUGGGCGGAUCAUCCGCAAUUAAUGGAAUGGUUUAUUUGAGAGGAAAUAGAAAAGAUUAUGAUUCUUGGGCGGCAGCUGGAAAUGAAGGAUGGAGUUUUGAAGAUGUUUUGCCAUUUUUUAAGUAUUCAGAAGAUAUGCGAGCACCCCAAGUUCUGGAACAAGAUAAUGAUGGAUAUUACCACAGCACAGAUUUAAAAAAAGCACUAAUACAAGCAGCUGGAGAAUUAGGUUUGAAUUAUAUUGUCGAUCCGAAUUCAGAUACUAAGAUUGGCAUAACAACUUUACAAGAUUUACCAGUUGGUCUUAAUUUACAAGAUCAUAUGUUCAUACCGAUUUGGGUUUUACUAAGAAGAUCAAAUCAAUACGUCUCUCCCAAAGAGAAUGCUAAAGUAAUAUUUCAAUAUUUUAUGGAUCAUGAUGGUCCUAUGGCAGGUUUUGAUAUAACAAAUAUUGCAGCUUUUAUUAAUACCGACGAUCCCAACUCUCUUUACCCAAAUACUCAAUUCCAUUUUGUGCUCAUGCCCAAAAACUUUGCAACAACAGAAUAUCAUCCUGCAGGUACUUCAAAAAUGGGUCCAUUAAAUGAUAAAUCAUCUGUAGUAGAUGCAAGAUUAAAGGUGCAUAAAAUGAAAGGCUUGCGGGUUGUAGAUGCAAGUAUUAUGCCAAAAUUGUUAGUUCAAAUCUGA